CAUAUCCUAAUCAUCACCGUUGACCCCUGACCCCCUAGCGUUUUCAUUACACACAACACGGAAGCAGCAUGGCGUCCAGCAGUAACAUCUCCGAGCUGCAGCAAAAUGCAAAGGAAAGAUUGAGAAUAAUUUCGGGUCAUUUACAAAAACCUGCAAACAGGGAGCAGCUCCGUGUCUCAGCAAACGAAUGCAAAGCAGAAGCGGCGGAUCGGAGUCUCGAGAAAACCGGGACCAUCCCUAAAAGAAGGCAGGAUAUUCUGAAAUGGAAUGGCUGGGGAUAUAAUGAUUCCAAAUUCACGUUUAAUAAGAAAGGUCAAGCUGAAUUUACAGGCAAAAGGUACCGGCUCAGUGGCAUGGUCUUACCUGCCUUAAGAGAAUGGUUUGAAAAAACCUUUGGAGCAAGCCUGGAGCACAAAACACCAGCCAGGUCUGCUCUUGACCCCAGUGAAGUCCCACCACCUAUUCUCAAUGAAGGAUUUGUCCAGGACCUUAAAGGUACUGCCAUACCAUUCUCUUGUGAAAUCGAAGACAGAAUCUUUAGAGCUCAUGGACACUGCUUACAUGAAGUAUUUGCACUUCGAGAAGGAAAAUUUGAACGAGUCCCAGAUUUGGUGGUGUGGCCAAAUUGCCACAACGAUGUGCAGAAAAUAGUGGAACUGGCUUGCAAACAUAAUAUUUGUGUUAUGCCUUUUGGUGGGGGGACCAGUGUUUCCAAUGCUGUGGAGUGCCCUUCAGAUGAGAAGAGGACCAUCCUCUCCUUGGAUACUUCACAAAUGAAUCGAAUAUUGUGGAUUGAUGAGAAGAAUCUAACCGCACAUGUGGAAGCAGGCAUUGUUGGACAGGAUCUGGAGCGGCUUCUCAACGAGAGUGGUUACUGCACAGGCCACGAGCCAGACUCAAUGGAGUUCAGCACACUCGGGGGCUGGGUGGCCACCAGAGCCUCUGGCAUGAAGAAGAACAUCUACGGAAACAUUGAAGACCUGGUUGUUCACAUAAGAAUGGUGACACCUAGAGGUGUGAUAGAGAAAAGCUGUCAAGGACCACGGAUGUCUACAGGCCCUGAUAUCUAUCACUUUAUUAUGGGAUCAGAAGGAACGCUGGGUGUUGUUACCGAGGUCACAAUAAAAAUAAGACCGAUUCCAGAAUAUCAGAAGUAUGGCUCUGUGGUCUUUCCCAACUUCGACCAGGGAGUGGCCUGUUUAAGGGAAGUAGCCAAGCAGAGAUGUGCUCCAGCCUCUAUUCGAUUAAUGGACAAUGAACAAUUUCAGUUUGGACAUGCUCUGAAGCCCCAAGUAUCUUCAAUUUUUACUUCGUUUUUGGAUGGUUUGAAAAAAUUCUAUAUUACAAAGUUCAAAGGGUUCGAUCCUAACCAGUUGUGUGUGGCUACCCUAUUGUUUGAAGGGGACAGAGAGAAAGUUCUUCAGCAUGAGAAGCAAGUCUAUGAUAUUGCUGCCAAGUUUGGAGGCCUGGCAGCUGGAGAGGAUAAUGGGCAGAGGGGUUACAUGCUGACAUUCGUCAUUGCAUACCUUCGGGACCUGGGGAUGGAUUACUAUGUUAUAGGAGAAUCAUUUGAAACCUCUGUACCCUGGGACAGGGUACUGGACUUGUGCAGCAAUGUAAAAGAGCGAAUAAUAAGAGAAUGCAAAGAAAAAGGAGUCCAGUUUCCUCCACUCUCCACAUGCAGGGUGACACAGACCUAUGAUGCAGGUGCUUGUGUUUACUUCUACUUUGCCUUUAAUUACAGAGGACUCAGUGAUCCCAUCCAUGUUUAUGAUCAAAUUGAGCAUGCUGCUCGAGAAGAAAUUCUUGCCAAUGGAGGAAGCCUUUCACAUCAUCACGGAGUGGGCAAACUGCGGAAGCACUGGCUGCAGGAGACCAUCUCGGAUGUCGGCCUGGGAAUGCUGAGGUCUGUAAAAGAAUACGUGGACCCCAACAACAUUUUUGGAAAUGGAAACCUCCUAUAAGAAGCAUCAGUUUCUUCCUUCUUUUUACUACCAGAGACAAAGUUGAAAAUGGCAUUACUUAAAAAAAAAAAAAAAAAAAAGCUUUAUUACACUCAGUAAACAGGAUUUGGAGUACUGAUCCUUCUGUUCAUAGUGUGUGUAGCUUUGAGCAAAGACAUUGAUAGAAUGCUUAAUCAAAGCAUUAUUCCAUUCCUGUGUUUGUAGGCUUUGUGUUUUAUAUACCAAUUUCUAUUACUAUGCAUGGUAAUGUAUAUAGUUGCACUUACGCUGCUGCAACAAUAUUCUCAUGUUCUAUCUAAAAAUCAUCCUCGCUGUCAUGUUUCAUUGUUGUUGUUUUUGUUACUCAAGCUAAUAAAAUACGUGAUAUUAUAAUAUUGACUUGCUCCCUAUGGUGCGCGUCACAUGCAAUCAUUUGUCACAAAAUUUCCUGGCAGUGUGUCUUAAAUUGGAACUAAUAAAUAGAUACUGUAGAAUACAAUGCACGUAAGCAAUUUGAAUAUUGCUCCUAAAUAUUUAUUUGUAUUGCCAUUAAUAGGUGCUUCUUUAUGAAGUUCAAGUGUACAUUUAGUUUGUAACCUUGUUUUGAGAAGUUAUGUUUGUCUAAAGAAUUUUCUGAAAGCAAUAGCAGAUGCAGAACCAUUCGCUAACGCCCUUUUACGUAUUUGUGCCUUUACUCCAUUAGUUACUCUCCCUUUCUACUUCGGUGUACUAAUUUAAAUACCAGUAGUCUGCAGUGAUGGGCAAAGCUUAUUCAUGCUUAAUGGGUGGAGCAGUUAAGGAUGUGCAACACACUAGCCAGUAAGUGCUUAUUGGAAAAGCACUGUGCCUUACAUUGGUCAGUUAUAACCAUAUUUUUAAUUUAUUGUCACUUUUUCUUUUGCGAUGGUAUUUCAAACUAGCCUAGUUGCUAUGAUUGGAAGACUGUUCACAAAUAAGUACAUGUUCUCCUAAAAUUAAAAAUGCAUUUAUUUAUUGUUUUACAUAAAACAAAUGCAUAUAUUCUCCACUUGAUCGUGGUGGUUUUGUUUUUUUUGUUUUUUCUCCAUACCAUCUGAAAUUCGGGUUAAUUGCUAAUUGCUUUGUUUAAAUACUUCCCUGUUUCCUUUGACAGCAGUGUAUGUAAAUAGGGCUAUAAUGGGAAAAGGAAUAUAAAUCUUUGUGUACAAAGAAUAUUCAAUUGACCUAAACAGCAGUGGCUCUUACCAAGGUUAUGAAAAUAAAAAAUCCAAUAGUGCAUGUGAGUCUCUAGUGUUUCUCUGUCUGGAAACAUGUGCAAAGUCAAGGGAUAUAAAAAAAAUAUUUAAAGUACACUCUACUCAAUUGAUUCCCCCUCCCCAUCUUCCAUUGCACGAUUAAAAAAAAAAAAAAAAAAAAUUUAAUGUGUUUUUUUGUUUCUUUUUUUUUAAAUAAACUCAAACGUAUUUUUGCUGUGACAAAUACCUGUCUACACAACAUGUACUGCAGAUCCGAACUACAGUACAGUGCAAAGAACAAUUGUAGAAAAAGACUAGGGUAUGAUUUUAGUCUAAUGUACUAUUAGCAGUAGCUUCCAUUCUAUCACUGUAUAAGUUUGCAUUCAGAUUUCGAAUUAAGGCUAGACUUGCCUUUUGUUUUUUUUAUUUAUUUUUUUUGUUUUGGGGUUUUUUAUUUUAUUAUUAUUUUUCAUUUUCUGUAAAGAACCUUAUUGUUUUAUAAGGAACCUGCAUUUAAAAUGAUGAUUAUUAUUUUUUUAAUUAGAAGAAGCAGUUUUUUUUGUGUGAAAGUCCACUGCAUUCACACCAGCUCUGUUUAUUUAGAGAGGAACACCUUCUCCUACAAAUUACCUGGAAAACCAAUUACAGCCAAAUUGCAUUUUGUUUUCAUAUAAUUAAUAUGUAUGGGUUUUUGUAAACAUGUUGACAGAUGAGUGAGUACCCUAGAAUCACGAUGUUUAUUUUAAUAGCUGCAGCAUUUCAGAGGCAGUAUAAUGUUAUCAUGUUACUAAAUUGUAUUCACUCAAAAAUAAAUAGAAAUUAAUCUUGUCUAAUAAUAAAUAAAAAAAUAGUACUGUAUGUACAUCUUGUACUAAUUUUAAUAUUUGUGACUGGUAAUGUAACCAAUACCUGAACUUACAAAACUAAACAUGUAGGUCAAACUUUAUGAAGUUCAGUAUACUUUUUCUAGCAAUAGUUUUGAAUGAAUGUAUUAUUAAUCAUGAACAAGUGCUGGUUAUAAACAAUAAAGAUCUGUAAGAUGGGAAAUUUGCCUGCAAGUGACGCCCAAAAAUGUAAUAUUGACUAUUUUAUAUAGUGGUUUAAUCUUUACUGGAGCUAGUAUAGGGUGUACUUGCAGAAAUGUACUAUAGCCACAUUCAAUUUUUUUCCCAUGUAUAUCAAUUCCUAAUAAAUAACAAAACUGCUCACGAAA